GUGGGUCUCAUCUUACAAAACAUUCCAUUGUCAGCAUUCAACAAGAAUCGUACGCCUAUUUCAUUGGAUGGCUUCUUUUUGUUUUUGGAAACAAUAAAGUUCUUUUUAAAGAAAUACUUAGUCACAAAGGAUUCGCUGACAAUUCAAUUGUCAUUGUAAAUUAAAAUAGAUCAACCACUUAGGCCCACCGGGUGCCCGCGCAAAACUAGGUCGUGAAUCAUAUUCUUGGAACGGAGUCAUCGCUAAUGCACAAAACUGAGACGAAUUAUUAGACAGACGGUCAAUAAGUGAGCAGUAGAGUUAAGUGCAUUUGAUUUAGCGAUAUUACAAAUCAGAGUAUUAUCAUCUUGAAGCUAGUUAUCUAUUUCAAUAUUUUGGAGUUCUGUCUGAAGGACCAAGACGUUGUAGGCCUACGGAAGUAGUUUACAUUUGCCUGUAAGUUUCGUCUUGACAAGCUUAGACAGAUUUCAAUCACGAGAUAUGGGCUUUUUGAGAGUGAAGCUUCUUCAAGCUGAAGCUGGGGAAAGUUGGUCUGAAAUUGGUGGAAAUUCCUGGGAUCCAUUCUGUGCCAUUGCCAUUAAAGAAGCAAUUGAAGUGCCAGGGAAAGGAAUAGAGCUCGUGCAGAAGAAGAAAACUAUCUAUCCAGAAUGGAACAAAUCAUUCGACACUCAUGUGUACCCUGGACGAAUGAUAUGUGUUGCAGUUAUGUCAAGAUUUGACAAUAAAUUAGUUGGAAAUGUCACAUUUGGUGUUGAUUUUCUUGCAGAACAGUGUAGGAAAAGUGAGAAUGGUGUCUCCAGUGUUUGGCUUGAUCUCAAACCUCAUGGCAGACUUCAGGUUCAAGUUAGGAGUUUCUCCGAGGUUAUCGACGAUCCAAACUCUGCUUUCGAUGGACGAAAAGCCAACAAGAGUGGACUACAGAACCGUCGAGGAGCGUUGCGAAAAGCUAAGGUUCAUGAAGUCAGAGGGCAUGAGUUUCUUGCCAAAUUUUUUCGACAGCCAGUUUUUUGCUCUGUUUGCAGGGAGUUCUGCUGGGGUUUUGGCAAGCAAGGCUACCAGUGUACCGCAUGUUCCUGUGUGGCGCACAAGAAAUGUCAUGAUAAAAUUUUAAGCAAAUGCCCAGGAACCGCCCAAAACACUGGUGAUACUAUUCAACUCAAAGAGCGAUUUAAUCUCAACAUACCACAUCGGCUAAGAGUUUACAACUAUAUGAGUCCAACUUUUUGUGAUCACUGCGGUAGUUUGCUGUAUGGUUUGUUCAGACAAGGGCUUAAAUGUGAAGCUUGUUCUAAGAACUACCAUCACAAAUGCAAAGACAAGGUGCCUAAUCUGUGUGGCAUCAACCAGAAACUCUUAGCAGAUGCGCUGUAUUUGGCUGAGGUAGAAAAGAAGAAGAAAGAGACCUUAAGCGAGAUGAAAAAAGAUGGGGCAUCUGCAGAUGAGAGCAGCCCCAUGGACGAGGAAGAGAGUCUAUACGAGGCUGUUUGGGAGGCGAUUACCCCUGCGCCGCCGCGUAGAACCACCAGUCUGCGAAAUGAAAGCAGAAAGAGAAGAUAUGAUAAAAACGAUUUCAACUUUCUUAAAGUUCUUGGGAAAGGAAGCUUUGGCAAGGUCUUGUUAGCAGAACUGAAGGGCACAAAAACCGUUUACGCUAUCAAAGCCUUGAAGAAGGACGUUGUUUUGGAAGAUGAUGAUGUUGAAUGCACCCUCAUUGAGCGAAGAGUUCUGUGCAUUGCAACCAGGCAUCCCUUCUUAACUCACCUUUACUGCACCUUCCAGUCAGAGACACAUUUGUUCUUUGUCAUGGAGUAUCUAAACGGUGGCGAUCUGAUGUUUCACAUUCAGUCAUCUGGGAAAUUUGAUGAGAACAGAUCAAGAUUCUAUGGAGCAGAGAUCGUUUGUGGAUUGCAGUUUCUUCACAAGCAAGGAAUCAUAUACAGAGAUCUGAAGCUCGAUAAUGUACUGCUUGAUCGCGAUGGUCACAUAAAAAUUGCAGAUUUUGGAAUGUGCAAGGAAAACAUAAGAGACGGCAGCAAGACAAGCACUUUCUGCGGAACACCGGAUUACAUUGCUCCCGAGAUUCUGAAAAGCCAGAGGUACGAUUCAGCCGUUGACUGGUGGUCUUUUGGAGUUCUGCUUUAUGAAAUGCUUAUUGGCCAGUCGCCAUUUGCCGGUGAAGAUGAAGAUGAUUUAUUCAGGUCAAUUUGCCGCGAUCGGGUUCUCUUCCCUAAGUGGAUAUCUGAGUCUGCCUCGAAUGUUUUAACUCAGCUUUUGGAAAGAAACACGGCCCUUCGUCUUGGAUAUGUCGGUGGUACAAGACAUCAAAUUCGAAGGCAUCCGUUCUUUAGUGCUGUUGAUUGGGUGAAACUCGAAAAGAGACUAAUCAAGCCUCCCUUCCGACCAGACGUGAAAGGAGAAAGUGCUGUUAAUAACUUCGAUCCAGAUUUCACAAUGGAGCCAGCCAAGCUGACCCCGGUCGAAGAUGAUCUUCUGAAGUCAAUGGAUCAGAUGCAAUUUAGAGGCUUUUCUUUUAUCAACCCAAAUUUCAAAGGAGGACUGGCGUAGCUUCAGAGUUUGUCAACAAGCUAGGAUAUAUCAGUCUGUUUUUGUUUAUCACGAGCAUAGCUUGAUUGGACAAUCGUACUUGUUUCUGUAAAUAAAACUGUAUCGUCGUCCGUGAAUGCAUAUUGCAAACUCUGUACCAAACAGGGACCUUUACGAAGGUAUAUUUUAAUUACGUUGAUCUCUUUGUCGUUUGUUUGAUCACUCUCAAGGUCAAAUAAAUACUUGCAACGAGGCCGUUUCGAAAGGCCUCCACACUAUUCGCGUCAAGUAUUUCCUUAAUUUUCGAAGAGUUUUUUGGAAUCUGUAACGAGGUAUUGACUAUCGUUAUUAUUUAUAGCUUGUAAGAAUUACAUUAUGAUUUUAGGUCCCCAAAUUUAAAACAUAGUUUAAAAAUAGCAAUAUCAGCCCUUUUAAUUCCUAUGGAGUGCUUUUUUCUAUAAAGCUUUUUUGUCAGUAAUUUUUUCCUCGUAUUGAGCCAACCCUAAAAUUAUAUAAAAUCGUGAGUAAUUUUCACUCAUCAAAGAAUGCCUUAUUGUGCAUUUUUUGAUAUUUUUAGAUAAAUGGAUUUUUUUUGACGUAUUGGCAUGGAGAUUUUUACUGCUAAUGGUACCAGCCUGCACUUUGCGUUAAUUAAUACUGGUCGUUUUAUUAAAUGUUGUCCAGCCAAUCGUUCUCUGGUCUGAAUAGAUAAUUUUCAAUAGUAAAAUGUCUUUCUGUCUUGUUUUAUAGAUUGUAACCAAUCUGUUCUAUAUUCAGGUUGCCCUUAGCUGAACUGGUUGAUAUCUACUGACAAGUUUUGGUAAUUUUGAAUUUUGAUAUCCAGAAAUACUCAGAGAAAGGUUGUUAAGUCAAUAACCAUAAAAAUUAUCGAACAGCCUAGAUUAUUGCCUUUUGUAAAAUAGCCAGUCUUGAAGAAAACACCUAUUUAACAGCCCAGGAAAAAAACUGCAAUCUGUUUUCCGAUACUGCAUGGAAACAAAUUUAAUUAAUUGAGAAUCGAUCCAACCUUCGGCUUGAUGCCAGCCUGUGAAUUAGAUUCAUGCAACUAAUUAGUUCCUUGUCAAUGUAUUACCGUCCGAAAUGAUGUAAAUAAUGUGUAGUUUAGGGGUUUUGCAAUAAUCUGAAAUCUUCUUGUUAUUAAGGUACUUAUCUAAGAUUAAUUAGCCUAUUGUUGACCUUUUUCGGAUAGAUCUGUGUUUUCGUAUUAGUCAGCAACUGAAAUGGAA